ACAGUCGGUUUGAAUAUUCUCCGGGGAGGUCUUUUGAUAAGCCACGUAACUAAGGAACCAGUCAUGAUCAAGUUUAGAGACACAAUCAGAGAGCAGGCAGAGCAAUGACCAUCAUCGUCUCUGCAUUAAGAACUUUUAUGUUCUUGAGGUUAGUUUUUUCAUGUUUUGGCCAUGUAGGUGAAGAAAAUGAGAAUUCUAAGCAAAGUAGAAGCUAGAAGAAAAAGUAGCAAAGCCGUUCUGAAGCUUAGCAUUGGCAUGAAACCUGUGUCACCAUUUAAAAGAUCCAACAAUGUAAAACCUUCUAACCAUAAAACUCUAAUUUCUCAAUUUUCCUGGUAAGUAAAAAACCUUUUGAUUCUGGAGAAUAUUGCAUCCCUAAGGUGUUAUUCGUCAUAUCGAAGCCACACGUUUACAAGAGUCCCAAUUCCGGGACUUAUGUCAUAUCUGGUGCGAGGCCCAAGAUCGAUCUACUGAGCUCUCAGCUACAAACUCGAGCUGCAUAACACGUCGUCCUUGAUCCUUAGCAAUGUUUCUAAGCCACCACUUGUCCACACGAAGUAACAGACCUUGUGAUGGCACGACAUAAGAAUAUGUUUAUUGGGUGUUCUUAGAGCAAGAUUAUCGCUGUCCUUAACAUGUAUCUUAGCUCAACUAUAAUUAAAAGAAAAAGAAAAAUACCUUUUAAUUUGAAAGACGUUCCUUAAUUAAGGAACAAUAGAAAUGUCCUUAUGGGACAUGUGUCAAACCACGAUGUAUCAUCUUUAUCUCUCUCUCUUCUUGUUCUCCAACGAAUCGCUCUCUUCUUCUCCGGCGACUAAGAUUUGGUACUUCCGAAGCGCGGAUAGAGAUAGUAGCUAUCGAUUAUUCUUCAAGUGGGCAUGGAUCCUGAUGCAGCAGAUAGUUCUUCCGAUGAAGAUAGUUCCUCUAAGGACACACAUGUAGAUGACCCGGUACGUGAGGCUAUAUCAACGAUCAAUGAUGGAAACGGUGUUGACAUUGAUGGCAUUUACGAGUUUGUCAAGGCUAGGCAUAGUCUAAUGCCAAAUUACAGGGAAGUGUUGGAAGCCGAGCUGAUCCUGCAAAUACUGCUUCAGAAAACACAAAUGAGACAACAAAGGCCGAGUCACAAGAACCUGUUGCAGUGGCUCAUCCUGCAAAUACUGCUUCAAAUCUCCUUAGUAGUUCCUCCUCUCGGUGUGUAAUCUUUAUAUGUUAAUCAUUUUUGUUUCCAUAACUGGUUACUCCUCCAUCAUGAAUCUCACUAUCAUCAUUCUGCACCUUAGUCAAAAAAAAGAG